AUGAAUUGCACUUAUCAUAUCAGAAAUCCUAUUUCUUUGAUAUGCAAAGCUCCUCACAAGUGCAAAUGUUAAAGGAAACUUUGUGUAGAAUGUCAAUAUAUACAUGGAGUAGAUUUUAGACAUACAAUUCCAUUGACAAUAUUUUAAGAAAUGGCAAUGAAGAAAUUAAAAGACUCUAAGCUUUACGAAACAUCUGAGUUAACCAAAUAGACAAUGGCCUUUAAAUCCUUGCUCUCUCAAACUGAAUCAAUGCUGAAGAAAAUUUGGGAAGAAUUAUCACAAUCUAUCAAGUAAAUUUAUGAUAUGAUUGAAAAAGAAAACUAAUCAUUCUUUAAUCUCAUCAACGAAAAUACUAAUUUAGCUGAAUGCUCCUACACUGACUUAGAAAAAAUAAUAAAAAUUGUUGAUGGAACAACUUUAAAUGAUUGGAAUGCUUAGAAGAAUUCUUUUAUAACGGAAUUAGAUAAGACUAAAAAUUGGUGGGAAUAUCAUCUUAAGGCCUUUGUUCAAAAGUCCAAGGAAGGAAUCCAAUAGAUUAUGUCUUUAAUUAAGUAUGUAUUUAUUAUUAUUGUAGAAUUCAAAGUAAUUAAGAAGAAGAAAGCGAAGUUUAUUAAAUGAAAGAAGAUCUUUCUGAAAUGUUUACUUACAUUUAGGAUGUGGAUGAAUCAAUUUAUUAGAAGAUUCUUUAAAUACUUAGAAGAGAGAAAGUUUCAGACAUACUUGCAUUCCUUUCAAAGAAUAACAACCAUCAAUUUUAUGAAUCUUUUAUCAACAACCUAGAGAAUACAAGUGAUUUAUAAAAGAAAAUAAAGAAAAUAAUAAAUGUCUUGAGAAAUAUUUAGGAUCAUCAAUUUAAUCAAGUUGACUAUUCUUCAGAUAAUUACGAAAAACCAAGAGAAGAUCUCAGUAAAAUGAUAGUAGAGUAUAAGGGGAUCAUAGAUUUUAUAAAGUUUUUAGUUCUCCUCACAAGUAUAGAUGUAAAAUUUAUUUAAUGUGGAUCAAAUGGAUUAAAUUUAUUAGUAGGCAUGAAGAUUGAUAUUAGGAACCAAUCCUUCGAGAAUAUCAGGAUAAAGAAUACUUCUUUGAUUGGAGGUAAUUUUUUUGGAUGCAACUUUAAUGGAUCAGAAUUUGAUAAUGUAGACAUAAGUGGAGUCAAUUUAAAUGGUACAAUAUUGUUUAAUUGUAAAUGGAAAAACUUGAAAAUCCAUGAAUUAAAAAAGUUGGAUGGUCAUAGUAGCUGUGUGAGAUCAGUCUGUAUUUCUCCAGAUGGUAAUACAUUAGCUUCUGGUAGCGAUGAUAAGUCUAUCCGUAUAUGGGAUAUUAAAACAGGAUAAUAAAAAGCCAAAUUGGAUGGUCAUAUUCUUAAUGUCAACUCAGUUUGCUUCUCUCCGGAUGGAAAUACAUUAGCAUCUGGUAGUGGUAGUCCUUUUGGGGGUAGUGAUUGUUUUAUUGGUAUAUGGGAUGUAAAGAGAGGAUAAUAAAUAGCCAAAUUGGAUGGUCAUAUUCUUAGUGUCAACUAAAUCUGUUUUUCUCCUGAUGGAAGUAUAAUAGCUUCUGGUAGUAGUGAUAAGUCUAUUCGUCUAUGGGAUAUUAAAACAGGAUAAUAAAAAGCUAAAUUAGAUGGUCAUACUAGUUAUGUUAUGUCAGUUUGUUUCUCUCCUAAUGGAAACACAUUGGCAUCUGGUAGUAGUGAUAAGUCUAUCCGUCUAUGGGAUAUUAAAACAGGAUAAUAAAAAGCCAAAUUAGAUUGUCAUAGUGAUUAUGUUAGAGCUGUUUGUUUUUCUCCUGACGGAAACACAUUAGCAUCUGGUAGUUAUGAUAAGUCUAUUUGUUUAUGGGAUAUAAAAAAAGGAUUAUAAAAAGCCAAAUUAGAUGGUCAUAGCGGAACUGUCUAUUCAGUCUGUUUCUCUCCUGAUGGAAAUACAUUAACAUCUGCCAGUUAUGACAAUUCCAUCUGUUUAUGGGACUUAAAAACAGGAAAAUAAAAAGUCAAAUUGGAUGGUCAUAAUGAGCCUAUCAGAUCUAUUUGUUUUUCUCCUAAUGGAAAUACAUUAGCAUCUGGUAGUAGCGAUAACUCUAUCCGUCUAUGGGAUGUAAAAACAGGAUAAUAAAAAGCCAAAUUGGAUGGUCACACUAGUUCUGUCAUUUCACUUUGUUUCUCACCUGAUGGAAACAUAUUAGCAUCUAGUAGUAGUGAUAACUCUAUCCAUCUAUGGGAUGUAAAAACAGGAUAAUAAAAAGCCAAAUUGGAUGGUUAUAAUAACGCUUUGUAAUCAAUUUGUUUCUCUGUAGAUGGGAACACAUUAGCAACUUGUAGUGAAGAUGGUUCUAUCCAUCUCUGGGAUAUUAACACAAGAAAACAAAUUUAAAUCAUGGAUAAAACUUAUAAAAAUAUUUUUGCUUAAUUUAAAACCCCUUUAUUUUAAAACUACCUUCUACCAGGUAUUUAUUAUUAAUCUAUCUUUAGUAAUGGCUAAUAAACCUAUCCUUAUCAUAUCUCAAUAGGCACUCUUUCAAGCUUAAGGAGCUUUAAUUCUAAAAGGAGAAUUCAUUAAUUAAUCAGGUCUAGAUUUAAAGACUGUAUUUAAACAAAAAGGAAGUUGCUUUUCGGAAACCUUGUUUUAAAAGUGA